AUGUUUAUACUGACAAAGGUAGCAGAUCUGGUUAGGAUACCUCCAGAUCAAUUCAAAAGAGAUACAAUUUCGACCAUUGUACAUGAAUUGAACACUAAAUAUGCCAACAAGAUCAUCCCACAUAUUGGAUUGUGCGUAACUGUUUACGAUGUACUAGACGUUGAUGAGGGGCAACUAAAACCUGGUGAUGGCGCAGCGUUUAUCAAUGUUACUUUCCGCGCUUUAGUGUUCAAACCUUUUGUUGGAGAGAUCGUAACAGGAUGGAUAUCACAGUGUACAACAGAAGGUAUCAAGGUUUCACUGCUCGGAUUGUUUGAAGAUAUAUUUGUACCACAAAACAUGUUAUUUGAGGGCUCAUAUUUCUCGCCGAAGGAGAAUGCAUGGAUAUGGCCGAUGGACGAUGAGACCAAACUAUACUUCGAUGUCAACGAAAAGAUCAGAUUCAGAGUAGAACAGGAAGUGUUUGUAGACGUGAAACCUAAAUCGCCUAAGGAGAAAGAGCUUGAGGAUCAGCUUAGGGCAAAGCAAGAGUUGACGGAAGAGGAGAAACGGAUCCUCGAAAAACCACCGGCUUAUGCUCUACUAGGAAGUUGCCAAACAGAUGGUACUGGAUUAGUAUCAUGGUGGGAAUAA